AUGGAGGCAGACGUAAUUGGUGACCCCCUACCAGAUUCAUGGGGUGGCUUCCCCCUAUCUGUUAAUCGUGUGGGGUCUAAAAGGAUCCGAUUUGGAAUGGAAGCUGAUAAUCCCUGGAGAUCAAUCUGUAGGAACAUUAGCUACACGUAUCUUUGCUCUAGAGUAAAACAGUUGUGGGCCUUGCAGGGUGAUUUCCAAGCGGUUGAUCUUGACAAUGGCUUCUACUGUUUUCAGUUUGAAAACAAAUCUGAUUACUUCCAUGUGUUAAUGGAAGGACCUUGGACUAUAGUUGAUCACUACAUUACCAUUCGUAGAUGGUGCCUGGGAUUUAGAUCAGAUGAGGCCUCAGUUGAAUCAAUAGCAGCAUGGGUUCGUCUGCUUGGGAUGCCGCUUGAAUAUUAUGAUAAGGAGAUUUUGGCUAGGAUAAGUGAUAAGAUUGGGAAAACGGUUAAGAUUGAUAGAACUACCUCUUCACAAUCGAGAGGGAAAUUUGCCAAACUUUCUAUGGAAAUUGAUCUCAGGAAACUGCUUAUACCAAAAAUAUUUAUUGGAGGUAGGUGGCAAAAAAUUGAGUAUGAAGGACUAAAGAUGCUAUGCUUUCAUUGCGGAAAGUUCGGGCAUAGUGAAGAAGGUUGUGUGAUGAAGCAGAAAGAAAAAGAGGAAUUAUCUGAGGAGCAAGCUUUGAAACAAUCAGAGACUCAAAAAGUUGUUUAG